AUGUAUUUCAAAUCUAGGGGGUCGGGUGGCUCAGAGCCUUUACAUCUUAAGGUACAGGUUGUUCAGGCUAAAAACUUGGCUCUGACAGCGUCUGGAGUCUCGCGGAAUUUGUUUGCGUCGUUGUCGCUUAAUGAUAAAAUAUAUUCAACCGCCAAAGUUAGGACUUCGGGCGAUCCAUACUUCAAUCAGAAUAUUCACUUCCUGUUGGAUCAGGGCUCAACCUCAUCAACCCUUACCGUGGUUUGCUGGGAUAAAGAUCACUGUGGAACUACUUAUUUGGGGGAAACAAGAAUCAAUUUGUUGGAUAUAUUUUCAAAUCUGAUUGAAGCAUUGCCAAAAGAUGCUUCGGAAAUCAAAUUCUUGAAAAAUGACCCAAAAUUUUUCAAGUUGUACUCCUCUCAACUGCAUCAAUCGUUUGUCACUGGUACCAUUAGUCUCGGGUUUGAGCUUUAUGGAAGCAAACCAAAGAAGAAGGGAUUGAAAUCUAUAUUGAGCAAGUCUAGAAGUCGUUCUGAUGUUAGCUUAAAUGGCCUGCUGCUGAAUGUUAACUUGUCAGCUGUACGGAAAGGUCAAAUCACUGGUCCAACCUUGCCAUCAGUUUCAAAUGUGCCAACCGCUCCAAAAGAAGAAGUUGUUGUGGUAGUUCCCACUAAUAAUAAUGAAAUGAUUUCAAAAUGGACUGCGUGGACAAAUGGUUUGACUUCCAAGGAUACAGCAAAGCCUAAUGAACAAGGCUUUUACGCUUCUCCAUUUGGUGGUGACCCAGUCACUGGAACCAGUGAUGGAGAGAUAAAUAAGACUUUGCAAGCAGACUACGACUAUAGUGAUGGGAACCGAGUUUCCUAUGAUUCCAUUCACAGUUCUACAGUAAAUAAUUCGCCAUAUUUGAACAUACCUCAAAAGUCAUAUAAAUUAAUGGGCUUGGACAACGAGUCUUGUGUAUCAACCCCUUCAGAUACAUCCAGUGUUUUAUCAGAUAUCUCGGGAGAUUACUCAGUCAAUGAAGGCAAAACCAUUUCUUCCAUAUCUGAUGUAAAAAGGACCUCAAAAUUGUCGCCAAAAAGCCCACAAAUUUCUGAGUUUGAAUUGCUUAGACCUCCUGAACCGAAGAAGAAAAGAAGAGCUAAGACCCCUAAAAAAGGUUCAUCCUCCUCUUACCAGCUUCAAUCUUUCAGAAAUGUAAAGGGUGUAUUAUUUAUGGAAAUCAUUUCUGCAAAAGAUUUACCUAAGUUCAAAAAUUUUACCCACACUGGGUUUGACAUGGAUCCAUUUGUUGUUGUCUCUUUCGGUAAAAGAACUUUUAGAACUUCUUGGAGGAAACAUACUUUAAACCCUGUUUUCAACGAAAGAUUGGCAUUUGAAGUAUUAAAUGAUGAAACUAGUUAUGAUAUCCAUUUGGGUGUGUUGGAUAAAGAUGCUUUCAGUUAUCAUGAUAGAGUUGCAGAGAUCACCAUUCCAAUAACUGAUAUUAUUGACAUGAGCACCAAAUUUCUAAAUCCAGAAUUCAAUGAUUCAGGCGAUCUGAUCCUCAGCGCGGAUAUAAAAGAUAGUAGCUCUGAUGAUCGAUCAAUGGCCUCUUCUUUCGAUUUGAAUAAUAGUAAGGCGAAAGUAUUGAGGAGUGGUUUGCUUCGUAAAAAAAUUAAGCCUCAGAAAGUCUUGUCAACCGAAGAAGAAGGUAAAUUCAUGAGUUUUACGUUACCCCUCAGUUUUUCAGGAAGCAAUGCCGAAAAAUAUUCUGAGAAAUAUGAUCCUACUUUGAAUAUUAAAUGCCGUUUUGAGCCAUACGAUGAGUUGAGAAAACAAUUCUGGAAACACUUGUUGAAGAACUAUGAUGUUAAUGAUGAUGAUAAUUUCACUUAUCUUGAAUUGAGCGCCUUUUUGGACACUUUGGGAUCCACAUUGUCCCACAAGACCAUUAUAAAUUUCUUUCAAAAAUUUAACAAGGAUAUCGAUAGUGAUGCUUUGACUAUUGACGAAGUAGUUAGUUGUUUGGAAGAAUUGAUUAGUGAGAAAAACAAGCUUUAUGAACUGACAGUUAACGGAUCUUCGGCGAAUUCUUCUCCUUUACUAUUGGAAGAGUCCAAGGGUGAUAUUAUUAAAAUUGAUUGUUGUCCAGUUUGUGGUAAAAGCAGAUUAUCAGAGCGUGAAGAUCUUGAUAUUAUCACACAUGUGGCCAUUUGUGGAAGUAAAGAUAAAAGCAGUGUUGAGCGAUUGAUCAAGUCUUCCUAUGUCUCACCUAGUUUUGCAAGCAAAAGAUGGUACUCUAAGGUUUUCAUUAACCUUGGAUAUGGUAAGGUUCGGUUUGGAAGCAAUAACGCUAAUAUUUUAGUACAAGAUAGAUCCACAGGUAUAGUAGGGGAAGAAAAAAUGAGUGUAUAUGUUAGGCUUGGUAUAAGAUUGCUCUAUAAAGGGUCAAGUGCAAUUCAAAAGAAGAAAGCUAAAAAGUUAUUGAAAAAAAUGACUUUUAAAAGGGGCAAAUAUUAUGAUUCUGAGGCCUCCUUGCGAGAUAUUGCGCCAUUCAUAAAGUUCCAUCAACUUGAUAUGACUGAAUGUCUAUUGCCUAUUAACCAGUACAAGACAUUCAAUGAAUUUUUCUACAGAAAAUUGGUUAAGGAUGCCAGACCGGUUGCGGCCCCCGGUAAUAAUAAUAUUAUUUCUUCUGCCGCAGACUGUCGUUGCACCGCUUUCAACUCCAUCAGUUCAGCCAUGAAGAUUUGGAUCAAAGGUAAAGGAUUUACUAUCAAUAAAUUAUUCGCUGGUAGACACCCUGACGUGAUGAAAUUAUUUGAACAUAAUUGCUCCGUUGCAAUUUUCAGAUUGGCUCCCCAAGAUUAUCAUAGAUUUCAUUCUCCUGUGGAUGGUAUUGUUGGGAAACCUGAAUUCAUAGAGGGAGAAUAUUACACCGUGAAUCCAAUGGCUAUCCGAAGUCACUUGGAUGUUUUUGGUGAAAAUUGUCGUUGUAUUAUUCCUAUAGAGACCAAGCUCUUUGGAACAGUAGUGGUGAUCCCUGUGGGGGCUAUGAUGGUAGGUGCUACCAUUUUAUCAGUAAAAGAAGGAGAUGAAAUUUCUCGUGGUGAUGAGCUUGGGUAUUUCAAAUUUGGGGGAUCAACUUUGUUACUUUUGGUUCAGCAGAAUAAAAUAUUGUUUGAUUCCGAUUUGACCAAUAACUCAAUGCAAGGAAUUGAAACUUUAGUUAAGGUUGGGAUGUCCGUAGGUCAUUCAAUUGAAGCACAAGAGCUUGAGAGAGAAGUGAGAAACUUUGAGAGUGAGCCAGAGCAUGUCAAGCUCCGGAUUAUUAGAACAAUUACAGGAACUAGUAACGGUAGCACUAACUUGGAUGACUUGAGAUCAUUGUCCUGGGAGGCAUCUAAUUUGAGGAUCAAUGAUAAAGAGUGGGGUGAUUUGGAAGAAAAUUUUGGGAUUUUAUAG